AUGAGCUUUCUCUUGCUUUCGCUUUCCCUGAUAACGCAAGCCGUUAUGGCGCACUCGGAUGCGCCACGGCAAUUGCCAUUAACGCAAAACGACGCCUUUGCCGAGACAUGGCUGGAGAAGUACGGAGCCCAGAUCGACCAGCCAUUCUCUGGCCCGCUUUCGUUCUCGCACAUUCCAUACACGCGCUGUCUUGAAGACGAAAGCAAGAAAUUUGAUAUUGCUAUCUUGGGGAUGCCUUUCGACACGGGAGUGACCUACCGCCCGGGGGCAAGAUUCGGGCCAUUUGCUAUUCGGUCUGGUAGUAGGCGUCAGCGGGAGGCUCGAGGGUACACCAUGUCGUGGAAAAUGAAUCCUUACAAGGUCGGCGCGACGAUUCUCGAUUGCGGAGACGUCCCAGUGAGCCCGUUCGACAACGCAUUGGCGGUAGAUCAGAUGGAGGUCGCAUACUCGACACUGCUCUCACGGCCAACAGCCUCUGGGACAGAAAAUUCUCUUCCGAAAAUCAUCAGUUUGGGCGGGGAUCACACGAUUGUGCUCCCAAUUCUACGCGCAUUAUAUAGAAAAUACGGGCCAAUCAGCGUUAUCCACUUCGAUGCACACCUGGACACCUGGCCUGGUUAUGCCGGCGCCAUCACAAAACAGUCGCAAAUCACCCACGGGACGUUUUUCUACCUGGCUCAUGAAGAAGGCCUUAUGAGCAACGCGUCCAUACAUGCGGGCAUACGCACCAAGCUUGCUGGGCCAGAAGAUUUGGAAAACGACGACAAGGUGGGCUUCCAGUUGAUCUCCACAGACGACAUCGACGAGCUGGGGAUCCCCGAAAUCGUUAAAAUCAUAAGAAAGCGGGUUGGAAACACACCAGUAUAUCUGAGCUUGGAUAUCGACGUGUUGGACCCCAGUGUUGCACCGGGUACUGGAACACCAGAACCCGCAGGCUGGCACGCAAGGGAGCUUAAACGGAUUAUUCGUGGUUUAGCAGGCUUGAACUUUGUCGGUGCAGAUGUUGUCGAGGUUUCUCCAGCAUAUGAUUGGGCAGAAAACACGGCAACGGUCGCUGCAGACCUCGUCCACGACUUUCUUUCGCUAUUCCUUUCUGAGGAGCCACCAUCACGUAAGACGCGACCGAAAGAUGAGUUGUAG